CCAUUUUCGAUACGUGUUCCUAUCCUGCUAUGUUUCAGAAAAAAACAGAGCAAAUCAAAAGCAAAACCCAGACAAAUAUCUCUUUCAAUAAAAGACCCCUCAUUUUUCUCUGAUUCAUUUUUCUUUGUAGAAAUCGAUUUACAGAUUGAAUCAAGAGAAACAGAGAUUUGGGUUUUUCAAAAGCUUCAAUUUUCAAAUCUGGGGUAAUCUUAAGUUUUCAAAAUGAAUCGAUUUCAAGGGAAAUUCGAAGGUUUCUUUGCUAACAGAUGGUUAGUAUUUGUAGCAGCAAUGUGGGUACAAUCAGUAGCAGGGAUUGGUUAUUUAUUUGGAAGUAUAUCACCAGUAAUCAAAAGUUCAUUGAAUUACAAUCAAAAACAAAUUGCUAGAUUGGGUGUAGCUAAAGAUCUUGGUGACAGUGUUGGAUUUUUAGCCGGUAGUUUAUGUGAAGUUUUGCCUAUUUGGGCUGCUUUAUUGAUUGGUGCUAUGCAGAAUAUGAUUGGUUACGGUUGGGUUUGGCUUAUUGUUACUCAUAGGGUUCCUACUUUGCCUCUAUGGGCGAUGUGCAUUCUUAUAUUUGUCGGAACAAAUGGAGAGUGCUACUUCAAUACCGCAGCACUGGUUUCUUGCGUUCAGAACUUCCCUAAGAGUCGAGGUCCAGUUGUUGGGAUACUUAAGGGGUUUGCAGGUUUGGGUGGUGCUAUUAUGACUCAGGUUUAUGCUCUGAUUUAUGACCCCGAUCAUGCAGGAAUUAUCUUCAUGGUUGCUGUUGGGCCAACCAUGGUAGUCAUUGCUCUCAUGUUCAUUGUCAGACCUGUUGGUGGUCAUAGACAGCCUCGGCCUUCUGAUGCUUCAAGCUUCACAUUUAUCUACAGCGUGUGCCUUGUUUUGGCUGCCUAUUUGAUGGGAGUCAUGCUUGUUGAAGAUUUAGUUGAUGUUAGCCACUCCGUGAUCGAGAUAUUCACAGCUAUAUUGUUUAUUCUCUUAAUUCUGCCCAUCAUAAUUCCUGUGACUUUGACAUUCUCGGGUCAGAGAUCUUCUGUAGAAGAAAGACUUCUACCUGAAGCUCCAUUAGCAACCGUAUCUAGCAAGGAUUUAAGUACGGAAAUCAUUUUCAGUGAACUUGAAGACGAGAAGUCCUCGGAAGAAGAGUCGCUUUCAGUGAAUGAUAGGAAAAAAAGAAUUGCACAGUUGCAAGCAAAAAUUAAUAGAGCUGCAGCAGAAGGAGCGGUGAGAGUUAAGAGACGAAAGGGUCCACAUAGAGGCGAGGAUUUCACCUUGACGCAGGCAUUGAUAAAGGCAGAUUUUUGGCUCAUAUUUAUUUCCCUUCUUUUGGGGUCUGGAUCUGGCUUAACUGUUAUUGAUAAUCUCGGUCAGAUGAGUGCGUCUUUAGGAUAUGAUAACCCACAUAUAUUUGUAUCCAUGAUCAGCAUUUGGAAUUUCCUUGGUCGUAUUGGUGGUGGCUUCUUCUCCGAGAUUGUUGUAAGGGAUUAUGCAUACCCAAGACCAGUAAGCAUGGCUGUGGCACAAGUCAUAAUGGCAAUUGGGCACUUCUUCUUUGCUAUGGGGUGGCCUGGAGCCAUGCACAUUGGUACGCUACUGAUCGGACUUGGGUAUGGUGCCCAUUGGGCUAUUGUGCCAGCUGCUGCAUCGGAGCUUUUUGGACUGAAGAAAUUCGGAGCUCUGUACAAUUUCCUCACACUUGCAAAUCCUGCAGGAUCCUUGGUUUUCUCUGGUCUUAUAGCUAGUUCUAUAUAUGACCAUGAAGCUGAAAAACAAGCUCAAAUGCACAGCAACCUAGCGCACACUUCUAGAGGCAUGCUCCAAAGGAUUACAGAUGUUAUAAUGGCAGCAGAUGAACCACUGAAAUGUGACGGCUCUAUCUGCUUCUUCCUUACUUCCAUGAUAAUGUCAGGAUUUUGCAUCGUCGCAGUUGUGUUGAGCUUGAUUCUUGUUCACAGGACCAAGGUUGUGUACGCCAGUUUAUAUGGAAAAACUGGAAGUUUCCGUACAUGAGUUGGGACGUUUUGACAACUCUAUGGAGUGUAAGAUUGUUUCUGUGAGGAGAUUAUGGUUUUGUUUUGGCAGGCUUGUAAUAUGUAUGCAAAAGGUUGUGAGAAAGAAAUUUCCUCUUAGCUGUCUCUUUUUCGCGAAAAUGAAGAACAAAAGCAUCGGACAUGAGCAGCUUUUUAAAGAGAGAAAGUAGAAGCACAAUUUCCCUAAUGAGAUUCAGAAAGACAUACAACCACAGACAGCAAGUUGGGUUUUUCUGUUUGCUCUUUGUUUAGUUAAGCAGCUGGGGUUGGAAGGCUUGGAGAUGAUCACGGAAGUGUUGUGUAAGUUUUUAAGAAUCCGAUUUUUUGUGUUUGUACAUCGAGUCACUUUGUUGUUAUUGGUUUGGACAUCGCCGAUGAAUGUCAUUUAUAAUACAGGAAAUCUGGGAAUAAAGAAUAUGAUGUUGGUUUCUCUA